AUGGCGACCCAGAAGAUGACCAAGAACCAGAUGAGGAGGGCAAAGAAGAAGGAAGAGAAGAAAGCAAAGGCAACUUCUGUUUCACAAACUCCGGAGCCAACAUCAGAAAAGACCGGUCCCGUCGAUAGCAACGCCAAGGAAGUCCCCGUCUCAAACAUAGAAGCUCCCGAAGUUAAGAAAGACGGGGCUGCAGAAGAUAAGAUUGCGAUUGAUGGGCUUCCGGAGUUCGAUGAGGACGAUCCCAACUUUGCCCUGUAUCGCGACAUUAUCAGCAAGUUCACAGUACCCCUGGACGAGGAUGGUGUUCCACGCGACUCGAAAAACAGGGGCAAAGAGGAGGUCUUCUAUGGCGAUGACGACAACUAUGGAUCAGAGGACGAGGAGGCCAGUGGUGAAACCAAAUUGUCCAAGAGGAAGCGCAAAAAGCUUGGAAAGCUUUCUAUCGCGGAGCUAAAAGCGCUCGUCAGGAAUCCAGAGGUCGUCGAGUGGCAUGACGUCUCAUCAUCGGACCCGCGGCUGCUUGUACAAAUCAAGGCUCAGCGCAACAUCGUCCCUGUGCCUGGUCACUGGUCGCUCAAGCGCGAGUACCUCUCGAGCAAGCGCGGUAUUGAGAAACCGCCAUUCAGGCUACCAAACUUUAUCGCAGAGACUGGCAUCACGGAGAUGCGUGAUGCUGUGUUGGAGAAACAGGCAGAGCAGACACUGAAACAGAAACAGAGAGAACGAGUCGCGCCCAAGAUGGGCAAACUUGACAUCGACUAUCAAAAGCUGUACGACGCCUUCUUCCGAUUCCAGGAGAAACCGCCCCUCACCCGCUUCGGUGACGUUUACCACGAGGGCAAGGAGUUUGAAGCAGACUACAGGUAUUUUAAGCCUGGUGAGCUCAGCGACGCUCUUAAGGAGGCACUAGGGAUGCAGCCAGGUUUCCCACCCCCUUGGCUCCUCCAGCAGCAGCGCAUGGGGCCGCCUCCUUCCUAUCCUACCCUGAAGAUUCCCGGUUUGAACGCACCACUUCCAAACGGCGCCGCGUGGGGCUUUGCUCCAGGGCAGUGGGGCAAGCCUCCCCUGGAUGAGUACAACAGGCCAAUCUACGGCGGCGACAUUUUCGGCAUUUUGGCCGGCAACCCGGCCGGUGCCCCAGGUGCACAGCAAACAAUUGGCGCUGCACAGGCGGGAGAGCCGGUCGAAAAGACGUUAUGGGGCGAGCUGCAGCCUCCUGCGGAAGAGUCCGAAGACGAGGAGGAAGAUGAGGACGAGGAAGAGGAGGAAGAGGAGGAUGGUGAUGUGCCGGGCGGACUGCAAACACCGAGUGGCCUCGAGACGCCUGGCGGCUACACCACUUCUGUAACCGAAAUCGGCGCCAGCGGUGUUGAGAGCAGCAUGGGUGGAGAGUUCGACUUGCGCAAGCAACGGCGUGGAUACGAGACGGAAGAAUCUACAGCAGGACCGAGAUCCGCGUACACAGUCAUCCCUGAGCGUCAAGCUCCAGCAACGGGCUUCUUUGGCAGCGACAGGGUAUACGACUUGUCCAAAAACCAAAACAGAGGACCCGUCCUGGGACAGGACGACGACAGUGGGCGGAAGCGCAAGAAGCCUGGCGAUGUAGACGUUGCGCUGGAUCCGGACGCGCUGGUUGGUCAGGAUGGAAUCAGUAAGGACGAGCUGCGGCGGAAGUUUGAGGAAGGUCGGAGGGAGGAAGGACCGGGUGCGAAGUGGCAGUACGACGAUGACCUUAGUGAGAUGAUUGCUCAAGAAAGCCGCAAGCGACAAAAGAGAGACGAGGAGAGAAGAGGAGGAGGUGGUGGUGGCGGGGCUGAGAAGAAAAAGGAGGCCAAGUACAGGUUCUAA